AUGGAAGUUGGCAACUCCAUCUCGGGGCAGCGCGAAACUGCGGCGGAUUCGACAAUCAUGGCGUUUGACCCAGAUCAGCGAUACAUACUGUCGACGUUGGAGAGGGUGGGUGGGGCGCUGUCGUUGGUCGGGGUCUCGUUGAUCUUUGUAACUUUUUACGCCUCGAAACGAAUCAGGACGGUGCCCAACACGUUCAUCUUGUUUGCUUCGAUUGCCAACGUCGGCGCCUGCGUUGCCAGCCUGAUUGCAUUGGAGGGCAUCGAGCAAGGAGAGACUUCACCACUAUGCCAGACCCAGGCCUUUUUGUUUGAGAUGUUCAUGCAGUCGGACCCCUGGUGGUCUUUUGCAAUGGCCAUCAACGUUUACCUGGUCUUUUUUUGGUCGACAAACCCGACGAGCUUUCGCAAUCAUCUAUGGAUAUACUGUGCCAUCUGCUUUGGCGUCCCAGCUGUGCCUGCUUUUAUAUGCCUAUUCUACAGGCCGGGCGGCGCUUAUAUCUAUGGCGAUGCGAUUCUGUGGUGCUGGAUCGACAACAAUUUUAACCAGCUCCGUAUUUGGACUUACUACCUCCCAAUAUGGAUUUGCAUCUUUCUCUCGGCUGUAAUUUAUGUGGCCGUGGGCUACCAGGUCUUUCACCAACGCAACCAGCUGCGCAACCUGACGCUCAGCAAUCCUGGCAAAGAGACAUCCACGUCCGACAGACGAGACUCUGCUGAAAAGGAUCUUGCCGGACAUGGAAGCUACUAUGGCACGGUGACUACCGAAGUCCAAGUAACGACCAUGGAUCACUGCUGUGAUGGGCACACAGCACAUUCCAUCACGCCACCACCAACACCACCCAACAACUGGAACUCAAACACAACCUUGGCCCCGCCACCCUGCUAUCAUCCGUGGAUCAGCACCGCGACAUUCCCAUUCGAUCUCGAGGGUUGCAAUGACGGCGGGCCUUCCCAGACGCACAUCAACAACAUCAACAACCAGAACGGCUUUGCGCAGUCUGGACCUUUGCCGCGACCUUUGAAUCCUUGCGGCAACGCCCAUUGUCACUAUGCAAACAUCCCAAACGCCAUUUUCCCAAUACCACCACCCGCUUCACCCACCACCACCACCACCAACAAUGGACAAGCAACAGCUUCCAGCGCUGCAACCCACACAAGCGGCCCGCCUCCGCAACCCCAAACCUACUCCACAACCUCGGUUAUAACCGCCGUACCCCGCCCGAAAAGGCGCAGUACGUCACGCCCCUCGGUGCUCACCCGUGUCCAGUCCUCGGGUCACCGCAUCACGGCCAAGCUCCGUCACAUGGACCCCGUCAAGCUCGCAUACCUGCGGACGUCGUUUGUGUUUGCCAUUUCCGUGCUUGUCACCUGGACGCCGAGCAGCAUCAACCGCGUCUACAACCUCAUCUACCCCGAGCAGAUCUCGUACGGUCUCAACCUGGCCAGCGCUGCCGUCCUGCCACUGCAGGGCGUCUGGAACGCCGUCAUUUACUUUUCCACCAGCCACAAGAUCCUGCGUGAGGAGUUUGAGCUCCUGUCGGCGCGUCGGCCGGUCCUUCGCAGGGUGCUCGCCUUCUUGCGCGUCGUCGACCCCAACAGCCCCCAUUUUGUCGGCGUCGAUGGCGGCUCCUUGGAUCGCGCCCGGUCAGCCGGUGUCAUGUCGGGGCCGACGGCCUGCCAAGGCGGCGCAGGCGUAUCUGUCCCCGUCGCGGCCGGCAGACUGUUGCGGCACUACAGCGCCGAUGUCGUCGAGAUGAGCACUCGGAAUCCCCGCGUCGGUAGUAACGUGCGGGUGCAGAAGGGUGGUCAUUUUGAUGUUAGCUUAUGA